AUGGUUGAAGCAGCCACAUCCGAAUCAGUUGCCCUGGGGCCACACAGGCAAAAUGAUGCCCAAGAGACCCCUCUCAAAAGCAAAGAGCCCAGCUCGCUUAAGCCAACGUGGAAAGAGAUCACGGUGGAUUUCAUCAUGAGGACCAAGAUCCACGGUUUGAAGUUUGUCUUCUCUCCGGACAAGUCGAAACCGCAGCGAGUCAUCUGGAUCAUGGCCUUCUUUGUUUGUGUCAGUCUCCUCGUCACCUGGUCCUGGAAUCGAAUCCUCUACCUGAUGUCCUACCCUGCUAUCACCAAGAUCUACAUGGUGUGGGCUCACAACAUGUCCUUCCCAGCUGUUACUUUCUGCAAUAAAAACGUGUUCCGUGUCUCCACUCUGACGAGGGAAGACCUGUAUCACAGCGGCUACUGGAUGGACCUCAUGUAUCCAAAUCACACAGUGAUGGAGAGGAGCCUGUCCAUCCUUAAAGACAGCCACAAGCAGGGUCUCCUGAGUCUGCUGGACUUCAACAACUACAGUCCGCACCCUGAUUACCGCAUCAACACCACCGAGAUGAUGGGACGCCUCGGACACCAGUUGGAGGAAAUGCUGCUGGAGUGCAGGUUCCGCGGGGAAACCUGCACCUACAAAAACUUCAGCACUAUCUACACGCGCUACGGAAAAUGCUACACAUUCAACUCCGGAUUAGACGGCAACCCUCUGUUGACAACGUUAAAAGGCGGCACGGGGAAUGGCUUGGAGAUCAUGUUGGAUAUUCAGCAGGAUGAAUACCUGCCGGUCUGGGGAGAGACAGAUGAGACCUCCUACGAAGCGGGCAUCAAGGUUCAGAUCCACAGCCAGGACGAACCGCCCUUCAUUGACCAACUGGGAUUUGGUGUGGCCCCUGGUUUUCAAACUUUUGUGUCAUGUCAGCAGCAACUGCUUCAGUACCUCCCUCCGCCUUGGGGAGAUUGCAAGUCUACUCCCAUAGACUCUGAAUACUUCUCGACGUACAGCAUCACCGCCUGCCGCAUUGACUGUGAAACCCGGUACCUGCUGGAGAACUGCAACUGCAGGAUGGUUCACAUGCCUGGGACCUCAACAGUUUGCACACCUGAGCAGUACAAAGACUGUGCUGACCCAGCUUUAGACUUUUUGGUAGAGAAAGACAACGAUUACUGUGUGUGUCAGACCCCCUGCAACAUGACUCGCUAUGGCAAGGAGCUGUCCAUGGUUAAGAUCCCCAGUAAGGCAUCUGCUAAAUAUCUGGCUAAGAAAUUCAACAAAACUGAGCAAUAUAUUGGAGAAAAUAUAUUGGUCUUGGACAUCUUCUUUGAAGCUCUGAAUUAUGAGAAGAUCGAGCAGAAGAAGGCCUAUGAAAUUGCUGGGCUUCUCGGUGACAUUGGUGGUCAGAUGGGGCUGUUUAUCGGAGCCAGUGUUUUAACGAUACUGGAAAUAUUUGACUACCUAUACGAGGUGUUUAAGGAUAAGGUUUUGGGUUACUUCAUACGCAAGAAACGACCACAGCGUUGUCAGAGCGACAAUCUGUCCAUUGUCACAUCUCCACUCAAACAACCAGACAAUAAAGAGUUUCCAGAGAACCCAACCAGCCCUGGUGUCACGCCUAAUCAUGCCCCCAGAGCACCUGUGACACCCUCCGGAGUCACUCGGACAGUCUCGGAUUCACGCCGAACAUGUUACCUCGUCACCCGACUCUAGGCAACUUUGAGGAGUUUGCUUGUUGACAACAUAAAGUAGGG